AUGCAGGCGAUCAAACCUCCCACCCUCACCCAGCUACUGCUCCUGGUCACGUCCUUGAUAGGCCCCUCAAGCGCCUUCGACCCUACGACUCGCGAUUGCGAGAGCAUCUGCCUAACGUCCUUCCGCUGGUGCUCGACGUUGCAUUCCGCGGACGGGUGCACAUACCCAGCCGACUCGUACCCCUACUACGAUCGCGAAGAGGGGAGCAAUCCGGCGAUGUUGGUCAUGAGCAAGUCGUAUAACAUCACCUGGAAGAACGCAGUGCCCAACACGCCUGUGCGCAUCAGGUGGAUGUUCACCAACGCGACCGAGGCGUCGUUCGUCGGCGUUAAGGGGGACACAACCAACUCAUUUUACAAUUUCACCCUUGGUGAGAUCCUCGACUCAUUCCCCACGGCGCAGGCACCGAACCUAAGCGCUGGCGAGGCCCGCAGCGGCGCUGCGCGCAACAUCUUGAACAUUAUCAGCAUCGCGCAGCCGGAAGCCAAAGGGGCACAGCAACAGAGCGGGCAGUACUCCUCCGGCGCGGCCGUGGGCGACUCGUCGCAGCAGUUCACUGUGCAGGGGGACAUCGUCCGGACAUACCUGGAGGCGGCGGCUUCGAGAACACGCAGGGAUGAGCACGAUACGUGGAAGCUGGGGUCGGGGUGGGGGUCGGGGUGGGCGUGCCGCUGUUGA